CCAUCACCACCACCACCACCAAAAAUGUCCGUCCCCAAAUUCACUGAAGCCCUCUCGACCGCGCAAUCCGGCGCCAAGUUCACCGCCGAGGUCCAAACCGCCGCCAACAAGAUCGACACCUCGGCUCUGUCCGCCGCCAUCGAGAUCGUCUUGGCCGGUGAUGACAACGCCUCCGUUGAGGGCGAGCAGGCUGCUGCCCUGAAGAACGGGUUUGAGUUCGCUACUGAGUUGGUGAAGAUGUUGGUUUCGGAGCCUGGGACGGAGGAGAAGUUGGCUCUGUACAAGUACUUCAAGCGCUCGAGGAACGAGACACCUGCUCAGCCGUCGUUUUAUCAGAUGGAGGCUAAGUUCAAGUACAACGCCUGGAAGGAAAUCAGCCACAUUAGCCAGGCCAAGGCUCAGGCUCUUUACAUCAAGGAGGUUAAUGCUUUGAUUGAGAAGUAUGGAACUCGCGAUUAGAUUCUCUUUUUUGGUCUCUUGUGAUUGGGAGAUAAAGAUGGAUAGUGGAUGAGUUAUGAGAUAUUUCAUAGUCAUCGAUUUGAUUCAAUCUGGCUGCUGUUUGCUGUCUGGGGGUUCAUCUAUGUGGGGGAUGUGGUUGUAGGGUAGGGUAGGGAAUGGGUAGCUGUAAAUGGUGGCAUUAAUCCUCCCAUGUCUGUCCGAGCCAGUCUGGUUCGCUGUGGCUCGCUGUUGCGCACCAGGGGAUAUCAUCGGCUGUAUAUCGUGUCAAUGGGAGGUCGUAGGGCAUGCGGAAGCCAAUGACGGUGUCUGCAUCCACGGCUGCAGCUGCAGCUGCAUCGGGUGUGUCUGUUC